AUGCCUCGAAUCGGAUUGGAAGUAUCUUUCGACGUUGAAAAUAUCGCCAAGAUUGAGGCUGCUGGGACCGACUUCCGCUAUUUUGUGAAGAUCUGCUGUGGGAACUGCGGCGAAAUAACGGACUGGGUGUACUUGGAUCAGGAAGAUACAAUUGAAGUCAAAGGUGGUCGUGGAUUGGCGAACAUGGUUCUCAACUGUAAGCUUUGCGGUCGAGAGAGCAACAUCAGCAUUGAAGACGGAAGCCGUAAAGCUUAUGAUGCCGAGAAGGGCGGUUUUCAACAAAUAGUGUCAUUUGAUUGCCGAGGAUUGGAGCCUGUCGAAUGGGAAUGCCGAGGGGGACUGGUUGCUUCGACAGAAAAUGGCAAGAGCUUCGAAGUGGAGCUUGAAGAUGGCGAGUGGUAUGACUUUGAUGACGACGCCAACGAGUCAGUUUCUGUUACAAACGUUCAAAGUCAGUUCAAAAAGCUCAAAGGAAAAUAA